AUGGCCGUCCGCCCCUUCAUAAUCGUCAUCACUAUUGGCUUGCUGAAACGUCCGUCACGGCGAUCUCGGCUCCUAUUGGUCGAGCGCCCUCUCAGUUACCGUCCACGAAUCACCUAUUGGUGGGGGUAUCAUCCCCCAUUUCCUCACACGUGCGUCCCGCCCUCAGCUUCCCCAAAUGGUUCCGCGAUCUGUCGGUCACUGUCGGAACUAGCCCGGCCCACCACGGGGACGCAUCCCAUUGGGUCGCUGACCUGUCAGUCGGAACAGCCGCCUGCCCCCAAUUGGUUCGUCGCCCAGUUGCAACCGCUCGCCAUCCAACCCCCCCAGGCCAGGAGGGAGCUGCGCAGAGAGAAGCAGGAAUGGCUAUCUGCCGAACUGAUGCAGAGGGUCCUCAACGAGAUCCUGAUGGAAUAUCACGUGAAUCGAUGGGAGAAUGGGGUCAGCUCCGAGGACCAGCAGUUCUUUGAGACCCUGGAGCGGUGUCUGCUGCUGGGAAAGUGCUGCAGACGUCUAGACGCUGGUGAGAGAGAGAUGGACGACUCAGGGGUACAGCUGCUGGGUUUACAAAGGGAACACCUCCAGGACCUGCUCCCUGAACCCCAGCAGGAUUUACAGGCCAUGAGACAGAGGCUGGUGCCCGAGAUGGAGAAGAGGCUCCAAGACAAGUGUUUUUCUGUUCUCUGUUACUAUAGACCAGAGUACGAGGGUAACAGUGAGGUCCUGAAAAUGGUGAAGUGUGGGGCGAUGCCGGAGCUAUUGGAAGCUGACAAACAGAAGCAGAAGAGUGAGCGGGACAGGAACAGGGAAAAUCAGAUCGCAAUCACCAAACAGACCAUCGCCUAUCUGACGGUUCUCCAUCGCUGCUUCGGGAUCCUGCAAGAGUUGAUCGAGAGACACCGUCUGGCCUCCCAGCCUGAGCUCGACGCUGAGCUGCUGGUCUACCUCCGCUUAAAAAGCAAGGCCAUGUUCACCAAGCUUGGGGCCUUGCUCCUCGAGGAGCUGGAAGUUAAGGAGAAGAGUGCGGAGGUCCUGCGUGGGAGCCUGGGCCUUUACCAGAUGCUGGGCGAGGAGUUUGAGGGACUUGUAUCCGAAUACAGCCGCCUCCUGGAGCUGCUGGGGAACAAGCAGUGGGCCCUGCAGGAGUUUACCAAGACUCAGGGCUAGGAGCUGCUGGGGGAGGGGCCGUGGUGUGGGGGAUUUGAGGUAGGGGGUUGCAGAGAGAAGGCCUCAGGUCUCAGGGACACCUCCCCUGCCCCCCAUCUGCCCCCGACUCCGUGGAACUUCGAGGGGAUCCCAACACGGUGACACAAACGUUUCCCCCUGGGGAGCAGGAGAGAGGGCCAUGGGUUUAGGGACAGAGAGGGGUGGCGGGGGUGUCGUGUGGGUGGGGGUCGAGC